AUGGGUUCGUUAAUUAACCAAGGCCGAACUUGUCAUAAAAAAUCCGGUACAGUAUACGAUGAUUUCGUGGUUAAUAAACGAAAGCAGAUGCAACAAACGAAUUGCGGUUUAACGGAACCGUACGACAAUUCACAACAAUCGUGGUUUUCUUGUGAUCAAACACGAAAACAACGAAGCCCGUACGCCGAUCGAUUUCUGGACGGACAAACGCCUGUCACAUCAACCGCGAACGUACAACCAAAAUAUUUCCUUAAAGGCGCAAAAGAGAAAAUGAUUGCGUACGGUUUUCGGGUUGGUCGGCACGACUACAAAACCAUGGACGACGUGUACAGCGAUUGGAACGAUACAGACUGUGUGUUACUGUGUUCACUCAUUCUUACUUGUUCCGACUGA